AUCAGAAUUUCAUUUUGAAAAAUAACUAAAUAAAAUGAAGCAAUGAAAAGUCGUGCUACCACGUGACUUGGCUGUCAAAACAUGGCAGCCUACUACUGGUUGGGAGACGAACGAUCUCUGACAAAGGAUACAAAGCAAGCCGCCCUCCCACUUCCUCCGUCCACAUGACAACACAAUAACGCGAGGGAGAUCUGGCCCACAUGAAGAAGUGACAGAAGGCGGCCUUUGUUGAUCACAAUCCCGUCUGCGGCGAUGACCACCCACAUCAAUCCGGUUCUGGUGGAGUCCUUGGUGGUGUCAGCAGUGGUUCUGUGCGUCCACGCGGCGCUGUGGAACCAGCACUCGUGGUGUGCCGUGGCACUGCUCAUCCAGGCCUUCUACGUGCAGCACAAAUGGGACCGUCUGCUCAAGUCGGGUGGCGCCGUUUUCCAGUUCCGCCCCGCCGCCAACAGCGGCAUCGUCCCGGCCUCGAUGGUGAUGCCGCUCCUGGGUCUGGUGCUGCGGGCCAAGUGUGCCUCGGCGGGCAGCGUCCACCUGGAGCGCUUCACCAUGGUGGUGACGGUGAGUGGCAUGGUCCUGGCACUCUUCCUGUCGCUAAUCGCGCUUGGCAUUACGAGACCGGUGCCCACUAACACCUGCGUGGUAGCCGGCCUCUCAGCCAGUGCCAUUUUGUACACCGCCAAGCAGACUCUGACAGUAUCGGAGGUGAUCGAGGUGUUGGAGGUGCUGCUAAUUUUCGUGUACCUCAGCCUCAUUGUGCUCUACCUACUGCCACGCUGCUUCACGCCCGGCGAGGCGCUGCUGGUGGUGGGCGGCAUCAGCCUGGUGGUCAACCAGCUCGUCAAGCGCUCGCUGAGCUGGGCCGAGGCCAAGGGGGGAGACCCGGUCCACUACCUGUUGCCUGUGCUGGUGGUGGGCUCACUCCUGCUGGGCGUGGUCUUCGCGCUGCUCUUCUGCUUCAUGGAGUCUGAGACGUGGGUGUCGUCGCUCUUCUUCCACACCAUGACGGCCGUGCUCGGCCUGGGUAUCCUCAUGCCGUGGCUCGCGCUCUUCAUUGGACGCCAUCCCAUCAUGUGGCUGUGGGACUUUGUCACCUUCAACCGGUGCCGCCUGGGACUUGUGGCGUACUGGGCGGCGCUGUGCUUGGCCGCCACCUGCGUGGUCCUGCACCAGAACUACCAGCGCCGUGCCGGCUCCAAGAAGCACCAGGCCUCCACGGUGGUGCGUAAGUACUUCCACGUCAUCGUGGUGGCCACCUUCGUCCCGGGACUCCUGUACGACCGCCAGCUGCUCCAUGUGGCAUCGGCGGGCUGCCUGGCUAUCUUCAUCUUCCUGGAGUACGUGCGUUACUUUCGGAUCAAGCCGCUCGGCCAACCUCUCCGCCACCUGCUGACCUUGUUCUUGGAUGAACGCGAUUCGGGCCCGCUCAUCCUCACCCACAUCUACCUCCUGCUGGGCAUGGCGCUGCCCAUCUGGCUCUUCCCGGGGGCGUGCGCACCCAAGGGGACGCUCCCCGGGGCGGGCGGUUUGGUGCCCUAUGCCGGCGUGCUGGCGGUGGGCGUCGGCGACACGGCGGCGUCGGUGUUUGGAAGCACGCUGGGCGAGAUCCGAUGGCCCGGCACCAAGAAGACCAUGGAGGGCACGGCCACGUCGGUCUUGGCUCAGAUCAUCGGCGUGGCCGUGCUGUUGAUUUUCGAUGUGGGCGUCAAUCUUAACGGUGCCUACUCUUGGAUUCUGGGCUCGGUGGCGCUGGUGGCCAUGCUGGAGGCGUACACGUCGCAGAUUGACAACCUGCUGCUGCCGCUCUACCUGCUCAUCCUGCUCACGCUCUGACAGGACGACAAGAGCGGCUGGCAGCGAACGGCACAAUAGACACAGUCAGCAAAACUCAAAAUCGUGGCAAAUCGAUGGAAAAAGCGCAAGCGGGGCGGAUGUCAUGCCUACGAAUUACCUUUCAGAACAUUAUUUUAAAUGAAUUACUCAGAUAAUGUUCGGGAUAUGACACUUUGGGUUGAUAUUUCAGAAUGGAACUAAAAUGCACUCCAGCAGUGGCUCUCAAACUUUUUACAGCAAGUAAAAAAAACAAAUGAGACGACUAUAUUCUUGUAAGCCAUUGUAGAAUUAUGCACAGUUUGAAACUUUACACAAUGGGAAAUUUAAUUUAAAAAGCACAUAAGCAACGAAGCAAUGAAAAUGUAUUACACAUAAAAGGUAAAUCAAAAGAAACAUGUACUCGAAUAAAUGUUGAAAAACGAACAGCUGCUCAAACUGAAAUACAACUGAACUGCUCGGCAGCAAUUCUUUUGUGUCAAACUUCUGGCACUAUCUUUUUCCAAUGGGAUGGAUGAGCUGAGGUAAACGAUGUUUUAAAUACGGAAGACAUUGAACAGUUGGACGUUUGAAAGUAUCCAGAAAGUACAAUUCAUGUAAGUUCACCUGUAAAGAUCACAGAGCAUUUUGGCUUCAUUGUGAAACUUGACCCAAUUUUUCUCAAACAUGGCGAGUAAUUUAUGAUUAUGUUUCUCCUUCGCAAUCAUCAUCAGAGCCUUAAGUCGUGUUCGUGCCAUGACGACGGGUUUCGCGGGAGUUGUGGAUGGGAGCAUGAACGGAAAGCAGACGCCGUUUAUGCAGCUUUCAUGGGACCGCUUACAGUAUUUGUUAUUUAAAAAACGUGUUCCUAAACCUUCCCCGUCCUCCCAAUGAUCACGAUUGAAUCCUUCUUUUAAUCUUGCAUGUGAAAGAAAAUCACACUUUACUUUUGCAAGUUUCACAGAACCUCUUCAGUUAUUUAUUCGAGAGAAA